AUGACCAAAGAGACGACCCCGCCACCCCAAGAGAAAUCCCUCCCCGCGCACAAUCCGCCUUCCCUGCCUGCCUCCCCGCUGCCGAAACGAUCAAAGCCUGACACAAUGACUUCCGCCCCCGUUACCUCGAUCCAGCAGCCGCUGCCCCCGCUGCUUGUUAAGAAGCUUGUUGAGUCUGCCCAGGCUCCGACUCGCGGAUCGGCUUUUGCUGCUGGGUACGAUAUCUACGCUGCGAAGGAGACUGUCAUCCCCGCUAAGGGCAAGAGCGCUGUUGACACCGGUAUUGCUAUUGCUGUACCCGAGGGAACUUACGGCCGCAUUGCUCCCCGUAGCGGCCUUGCUGCUAAGCACUUCAUUGACACCGGUGCUGGUGUCAUUGAUGCUGACUACCGCGGUGAGGUCAAGGUGCUUCUGUUCAACCACUCUGACGUCGACUUCCCGAUCAAGGCGGGUGAUCGUGUUGCCCAGCUGGUUCUGGAGCGGAUCUACACCCCUGAAGUGAGCGUUGUCGAGGAGCUGGAGGAGAGUGUCCGUGGUGCCGGUGGAUUCGGUAGCACUGGCAUUUAA